GAGAAGCUGCGUCGGCGUGUGCUGGUCACUAGCCAUGUGGCGCAGCGGCGUGCGGUCCCCGAGCUUUCUGCAGCGGCUGAGGGGCGGCAGCGCCGGCCUCGGAGCCCGGAGGACGAGUGGCACCACAGCCUGCGAGCGGGCGCGCCGCCACCGGGUGGGACAGCGGCUGCACGGCUUCACCGUGAGCCAGGUGACCGACAUCCCGGAGCUGUGCCUGACCGCCGUGAAGCUUAGCCAUGACGGCACCGGAGCCAGAUACCUGCACUUGGCCCGAGAGGACACAAACAACUUGUUCAGCGUGCAGUUCCGCACCACCCCCCUGGACAGCAGCGGCGUCCCGCACGUCCUGGAGCACACGGUCCUGUGCGGCUCCCAGAAGUACCCGUGCAGAGACCCCUUCUUCAAGAUGCUGAACCGGUCCCUGUCCACCUUCAUGAACGCCUUCACAGCCAGCGAUUAUACGCUGUACCCGUUCUCCACACAAAACCCCAAGGACUUCCAGAACCUCCUGUCCGUGUACCUGGAUGCGGCCUUCUUCCCGUGCUUGCGGGAACUGGAUUUCUGGCAGGAAGGAUGGCGACUGGAACAUGAGAAUCCCAGGGACCCCCAGACGCCCCUGACCUUCAAAGGAGUCGUCUUUAAUGAGAUGAAGGGAGCAUUUACCGACAACGAGAGGAUAUUCUCACAGCACCUUCAGAGCCGCCUCCUGCCCGACCACACGUACGCGGUGGUCUCCGGGGGCCACCCGCUGUGCAUCCCAGACCUCACCUGGGAGCGGCUGAGACAGUUCCACGCCACCCAUUACCACCCCAGUAACGCCAGGUUCUUCACGUACGGCGAUUUCCCGUUAGAACAGCAUCUGAAACAAAUUCACGAGGAAGCACUGAGCAAAUUUGAGAAAAUUGAGCCAAAUACCGCAGUGCCCGCUCAGAAGCCUUGGGAUAAGCCAAGAGAAUUCCAGAUCACGUGUGGCCCAGACUCGCUGGCUGCGGAGUCGUCCAGACAGACCACCGUCGGGGUCGGCUUCCUCUUACCGGACAUCACUGACACGUUUGAAGCCUUCACGUUAAACCUCCUGUCUUCACUCCUGAUCAGUGGACCUAACUCGCCCUUCUACAAAGCGUUGAUUGAGUCUGGGCUGGGCACGGACUUCUCUCCUGACGUUGGGUACAACGGCUGCACCAGGGACGCCUACUUCAGCGUGGGCCUCCAGGGCGUCGCCGCGCAGGACGUCCAGGCCGUCCGGGACAUCAUCGACAGGACCGUCGAGGAGGUGCUCCGGAAAGGAUUCGACGAUGACCAGAUCGAGGCUCUCCUUCAUAAAAUCGAAAUACAGAUGAAGCACCAGUCCGUCAGCUUCGGGCUCACCCUGACGUCUUACAUCGCCCCCUGCUGGAACCACGACGGGGACCCCGUGGAGCUGCUGCAGCUGGGCGGCCAGGUGGCCCGCUUCCGGCAGUGCCUCAAGGACAAUCCAGAGUUCCUGCAGCAGAAGGUCAAACAGUACUUUAAGGUAAGAGGCCUGGAGAAUUUACCUGAAUGGCGACAUCAUGUCCUAAGCUUGUGUUUUUACCGUAACGCCUUCCUACACGCUCACGGCUUUUUGAUCAGGUGCUCGCUGAACGCCACGCCUGAGCAGAUGUCUCUGGCGGAGAAAGCGGUAGACAAGUUUGUUGGAAGCCUCGGUCGGAGCGAGGCGGGGCGCAAGGCUGCGCGCCCCCGCGUGGUGGAGAAGCCUGUCCCCAGUGGGUCCGGUGGACGCACACACAUCAGCGGCCCCCAAGUCGUGAGGAAGCUGAUCACGGACCCCGCCUUCAGGCCGUGCCAGACGAAGACCCACUUCCGGCUGCCCUUCCCCGUGAACCACGUGGGCGAGUGUGUGAGGACCGCCCCCUUCACGGACCCGGACCACGCCAGUCUGAAGGUCCUCGCGCGCCUCAUGACCGCCAAGUUCCUGCACACGGAAAUCCGAGAGAAGGGCGGCGCUUACGGCGCGGGCGCUCGGCUCGGCCGCGACGGGCUGUUCACGUUUUUCUCGUACCGGGACCCGCACUCGACAGAAACGCUCCAGGCGUUUGCGAAGGCCGUGGACUGGGCCAAGGCUGGGCGGUUCACACAGCAGGACAUCGACGAGGCCAAGCUGGCUGUCUUUGCCACCGUGGACGCUCCUGUGGCCCCUUCGGACAGAGGGCUGGACCACUUCCUGUACGGCCUCUCGGACGGGCGGAAGCAGGCGCACCGGGAGCAGCUCUUCGCCGUCAGCCGCGAGGGUCUCAUCGCCGCAAGCGACAAGUACCUGGGCGUGGGGAGGAGCACGCGCGGCCUGGCCCUGCUGGGACCCGAGAACGUGAAGAUCGCCAGCGACCCGUCGUGGACCCUCAGCUAACCAGCCUGCGGGGGGUGGGGCCCGACGGACAGGCAGGCGCUCCUGGAAGGGAGCCGGGCUCCUUGCCUUUGAAAGGCGAGGGAAGGUACUGUCCCCUCCCCACACACACACACUUUGAUCCUCUCUCACCGGGUGUGGCGGUCAGACCCCACUCCGAGGAGGAAAUAGACGGUCACGUAUUCAGUGCUAGCGACGCACACGUUACAGUUCUAAGAAUUUCCGAUCGUCUGAAUGCUUAUUUUGCUUACAAAUCAUGGAGUAUUUAUUUUAAAGAUUUAAAAAUAAAAGGCAGUUCUGACCCGCC